UACUUGAAGUAAGAUGUUCAUCAGAAACGCUUACCAGUACAUCAAUAGUUCUUGUUAGCUCUGAUUAAAAGCUGUCACUCUCGAAACCAUCGAAAUUCAAACAACAUGGUGAAAAUAGCCGAAACUGUUUUACUCCUGACUAUUAUAAAAUUUUAUCAGUUCGUAUAUGGCCGCAUGGGAUAUUCCGAUGGAGGUGAGUUCGAGAAAACGGAUACCGCUAACCUGCAAAUACUUCGAUCAAAACGUGCCUAUGAUCCUCUGGAUUUGCUCCGCUCGGGCUCGCGGAGUCAAUUGUGUGUCAACGUGACGUCAACUUUCGGGCUACCAAAGGAAGAUGAAGGGUUUGCUUUUGGCGACGCCGUUGUGCCUGGAUGGGCGGUAUUUUACCGAAGUGAACGAUCUAUUGCUUUCGUGAAACCAAAGAAUGUUGUUCCUGGACAUGUUCUCGUUAUGCCGCUGAACUACAGCAAGCGUAUCGUCGACAUGCCGGCGGAAGAGCUCAUGGAUAUGUUCCUUACAGCGCAACAUGUCCAACGUGGAAUGGAACGUAUCCACGGCGUCUCUUCAUCGCUAAUUGCCGUGCAGGAUGGACCGGAUGCUGGACAGAGUGUUAACCAUGUCCACGUGCAUAUCAUGCCACGCCGCCCAAAAGACUUUGACGAAAACGACGAAAUCUACUACAAAUUACAACAGAUUGGCAAGAAGCUCCCACUGAAGUGGCGCACCAAGGAAGAGAUGAAAGCGGAAGCUCAAGGACUUCGGGCAUUUUUCUCUCAUCAGAUUUCUAUUUGAUCAAGGUCAAGCAGUGACAAAGCGCAAAUCAAACCUAGCAGUUAACAAAGCGCACCCGCUGACUUGCUCUGCAGACUACCUUUUCUGUAGUGAUUGGGUCUCAGAAAUAAUGAAAAACAUUUCAGAAUUUCAGACAUGCUUAAUGCAUAUUGGACGAUCAUAUAGACCGCGCCGCAAUA